AUGAGGGGCGCCCAAAGACAGAGGGUGGGGUUGGGGUUGGGCUUGUGCUUUCACAGUCACCACCAGGUGUCCCGACAUCGGGUGUCGAGCUGCCCUCGCUUCUGGGAAACUCACAGCCGAGUCCGCUUUCUCGCCUACGGACCUAAAACGCGAGAUUUGAAGGAGCGGGGCUUGAGGGCGGGAGCGAAACACCCCACGUCUGUCGCCGGCCGGAAAACUCCCUCUCGGGAAGGCGCGCCUCUGUGGCGCAUGCGCACUCGGUUCCUUAGCAACGUCCGCACUAAACCACUCCAGCCGGAGCCCAGCAACAGCCGAGCCGCUGAGCCCCCCGCCAAUCAGCGCCGGCCUCGCCCUCACGCGUCUCACCAAUCAGCGCUGGCGCUGCAAGGAAGUUUCCAGAGCUUUCGAGGAAGUUUCCUUCAACUCGAAUUCAUCCGCCUGAUAAUUUUUCUCUAUUUUCCUAAAGGAGGAGAAGGAGCGCCUCGAGGAGAAGGGUGGGGGAGGGGAGACGAGGUGACGCGGUUCGAGUCUUUCCGGAAGAGUGGGCCUUGUACGUGCGGGGAGCGGGGGCGGCUGGCGCGCGCGGGGACGGGAACUAACCGCCGCUUCGCCGAUGGAGAUCCCGCGUUUAUUUCAGAGGGGGAAGGUGGAAAAGAGGUCAAAAUGCAGAUCUUCGUGAAAACCCUGACCGGCAAGACCAUCACCCUAGAGGUUGAGCCCAGUGAUACCAUCGAGAAUGUGAAGGCCAAGAUCCAGGAUAAAGAAGGCAUCCCUCCUGACCAGCAGAGGCUCAUCUUUGCAGGCAAGCAGCUGGAAGAUGGCCGCACUCUUUCUGAUUACAACAUCCAGAAAGAGUCAACCCUGCACCUGGUCCUGCGUCUGAGAGGUGGUAUGCAGAUUUUUGUGAAGACCCUGACCGGCAAGACCAUCACCCUAGAAGUUGAGCCUAGUGAUACCAUUGAAAACGUGAAGGCUAAGAUCCAGGAUAAAGAAGGCAUCCCUCCUGACCAGCAGAGGCUCAUUUUUGCAGGCAAGCAGCUGGAAGAUGGCCGCACUCUUUCUGAUUACAACAUUCAGAAAGAGUCGACCCUGCACCUGGUUCUUCGUCUGAGGGGUGGCUAUUAAUUCUUCAGUCUUGUAUUCGUGGUGCCCAAUGAUGGCAUUACUCUGCACUAUAGCCAUUUGUCCCAAUUUAAGUUUAGAAAUUACCAGUUUCAGUAAUAGCUGAACCUGUUCAAAAUGUUAAUAAAGGUUUUGUUGCAUGGUAGCA